AUGGACGGCGGAGGAGGUGAUGGGUAUCGCCUGAUGAACUUCGCUUCGGGGCGCGUGCAAGAGGAGGAGCCGACGAUAAUCAGCCGGAUGAUGCUCAGAUUCCGCCCGAUCGCUCCCAAGCCGGCCGCCGGCGCGGGCUCCGGAUCCUCCGCGGCAAGGCUAGUCCCUAAGGUAAGGACGAAGCGUAAGUACGUUAGGGUUAGAGCAGCUGCGCCGCGGAAGAAGAAUAACAAUAAUGAUAAAAAUAGUAACAGUAGGGUAGGUGGCGACGGCGGAGCGGCGGCAGAUCUAGGGUUUGUGCAGCUCCCGGCAACUCUCCAGCUCCUUCCGGAGGCUGCCAAGCUGGAUCGCCACAGAUCUGACGUCAGAAUCUCGGAUCCCGUACCUACCCUUCCCGUGGAAGAUAAUAGUAACAGUGCAAAGAAUAACCGCGGAAGCAGCGAAGACAGUUACGGCGCCGCCGUGCUGGAUCCGGAGACGGCGGAGGUGGAGACGUGGGUGACGGCGGAAGGGGUGACGGGCGGGUGCAUGGACGUGGCUGAGGGACAGGGUCUGUUAGGGAUCCGGAUGAUGGAUCUCCAGGAUGACACUUGUCCCGCUUUCGUAUCGGACGGCAAGGAUAAGGUUCGGUGGGUGAACCAGGCGUAUAGAGAGAUGGUGGGGGCGGCGGCAGGCGAGAAGGGUGGUGGUGGUAAUAAGGUGGUAGUGCGUCUAGUGGUUGCGGAGAAGUUGCGACCUUACUUUCAGGGGUGCCCAGCUUUUAGCUGCUGGGUUGGGGUCAGGUUUAGGGAUAACAGUAACAAUAACGGUAAGUGGUCUAAUGUGAGGUUUCCAUGUGAUGUGUGGAAGAUGGAGGAGGAAGGGUGGUAUGGUUGGAGGUUGGACACUAAGGUUGCUCUCAAAUUGGGUCUCUAG